GCCAACUAUGAAGUAUUAUGAAGUGCUCGCGGAGAAGAUACAGGAGGAGUUCACUCUGCUGUCAGGACGGGGUGACGCUAUUCCCGACCAUUACAAAGCCGCCUACUUGGUCUGGAUCCCAAAGAAGGGUGGCAUUGCAACAGGGAUGAAUGACUUAAGACCUAUCGGCCUGCUAACCAUUCCGGCGAAAGUGCUGGCGACGGUGGUUCGAGAUGAAAUCCUGUGGCAGGUGCUACGCAAGAUCCAGGACUGGCCUCAGAUGGGGUUCAUACCGGGACACGGGAUUGAAGACGCCCAGGCCAGGGUGCACGCGUUCCUCGAGAAGGCGGCUGCCAAGGCGCUACGUGCUUUGGGAGCGACCGAAGACAUAGUGAGCACAGUUCGUGCCUUGACUGAGGAUGCACUGUACACAGUCACGAGCAGCGGGGGAUGGACGAGAACGACUCAAGGAGUCCGGCAGGGAUGUCGGGUUGCCCCACUGCUCUGGAGCAUCACCACGAUAUUUCUGAUGCAGACAACGCAGAAGGCACAUCCACGGAUCCAGCUGCUGGACACUUUCACGGCGUUCGCAGACGAUCUCACCCUGCAUCACAUUGUGGAGAAACUGCAGGACGUUCUUGACUUCGAAACGGCACUGGACACGCUGCUCACCACCCUGCAGGACUUCGGCAUGAUGAUUAACUUCGACAAGACGUCGCUCAUGGUGAGGCUUGCUGGACCACAG